CGCCCGGCGUGGGCCGUGUGCUGGGCCCGACACAUAGUCACCCUGAAACCGAUGGAUGAUGCUCUGCAGAAGCUAUCAGUCAUAUUGUCAUCGGCUGCAGCAUGACAUGUAUUUCCUUACAAGCACUAGCCGACUGAAUGAGCAAGUGGUUGAUAAAAUUGUUCUUCAGCUUAACAGAGUCUAUCCCCAAAUUCUUACCAAUGAAGAAGCAGAAAAGUUCAGGAAUCCAAAGGCUUCACUCCAUACCAGACUCUCAGAUCUGUUAAAACACCUCCAAAAGAAAGGAGACAGACACUGUCAGGAGUUUUACAGGGCUCUGCAGAUCAAUGCUGAACAGCUGUUUAAUGACCUGCCAAGCAGGAAAAUCUUGAAAACCCCAGAUCCCACAGAGAUAGACACUGACAAGGAGCAAUAUAUGCUAAAUGACAGGGGCCCGGUGUUUUUCCUGGCGUGUUUCGGCGUGGCUGCAGGACUGGCACUGUUCUGGUACUGCUGUAACUCAGAAACACAAGUCAUAGGAAGAGCCAGGAGAAUCUUGGGCUUUUCUCCUAUUAUCAUAGGAAGACACGUUAGAAAUAUUUGUAUGUUGUAUUUGGAAGACAUAUCAAGAAAUUAAGGAAAAGCUAUCUCUUCACUUGUCUGUACAGUGCACCGGCCAAAGGAAGUCAAUAGUGCAUAAAAACGUCCCAUACUCAUACCAAAGAUUUUAUUAACUAGCUUCAUCAAUAAUUGCCUUGCCUCCAGAUGUAUUCGGAAUUUCAGCUAAAAAUGUCCUUUUUUAUGGGAAUGGACUGUUUAUUUUUGUAAAUGCUUAAAGUAUUUAUCGUUUGUAUAAAAAAUAUUUUUAUUACAAGCUUUAAAAUGAUCUCUUAAGUGAGCAUGAGUCUGAAGCCAUGUUUGCAUAUGUUUUCUAUACUGGAAUGAAGGAUCACAACUGUUUGAAGAACUCUGGCCUGUCUUUUGUGAGAAUUAAUUUAGGAAAAGAACUUAAACACAUGCCCUCAAAGCCUUACUAAGAAAUGGAUCUCUGUCUCAGAA